AUUAGUUUGGUUGGUCUAUUGCAAACCCUCGAUAGGAAAAUUCCAGGAUUUAGGAGCCAUGGCAACUUUGCAGCGCUCUUGCACUGGGACCGUGCGGUCCAGCAACCAAGCCAACCUUGUUUCGGCCAGGCCCAUUGCUUCGCGUCUAUGCUUCCAACCGAUUAUCAGACAAGCGGCUCAGCAGCAACGGAGCCUCGUUGGCCGCGCCAUGCCUAAGAUUGUGGCGGCCGCAUCCCUGGAAGCCAGCGCUGAGGCAGCAAGCCUGCCUGCAGGCUACCAUUAUUAUGAGACGAUGAUGAUCCUAAAGCCCACCCUAAGCGACGAGGAGAGGGAUCGCGAGCUGGCAAAGUUCGAGGCAUACCUCAACAAAGCGGAGUGCUUUGACAUCAACUCGGUGGUGAAGCCGCGUAGCUUGCUGGCGUACCCAAUUAAGAAGGAGACGGAGGGCAUCUACGUCCUCUACACGUACCUGGCCCGGCGCCAGACAGCCAAAGCAGUGCAGCUGCUUCUAUCAAACCCAGAGGCAGGCGCUGAGGACACCAUCCUCCGUCACAUCACCCUCUGCAAGAAAUAGUGCAGUCCCACGCUAGCUCGCUGGCUUGGAGGUUUUGGGUUAUAGCGUUAAUCCGAGCAGCAAGCACGAACGGACGCGGGAUGGGCUUGAUCGCGCGUCUGCUGCAGGGUUGCAUGCGGCUUGGCAGUAACAUGUUGUAGAAGCUUUCCUGCGCGCAACUGGAGCAGCCUGGUGGCAAGCUGUGGCGAUUUUCCUAUGCGUGUUUGGUGCGCAUGCCGUCCGUCGUAGCCCCCCCGGAAAUAGGCAUGGGUGUCCAUUCGGUUGGGCGGUCCGGUUUUCUUUGCAACUGUGCCGUUCGAGGACCACCUUUGGAUCCAGGUAGUUGUACGGCUGCAAUUUUGCUUACCGUGCAGCUGUCCGCUCUUGAGUGUCCAUGGCGGUCGGCUGUACGAACCUGGGAACCGGAAAUCUUGGGUUUCGGGUGACUUAUGGGUUAGCCGCUAUGGAACAUUUUCUUGCAUUACUGGGUUGACCAAUGACCAAUGGGGUCAUGUGAGUGUACGUGUGCCGCCCCUGUGCAAGUGUUAUGUGUGUUGUGGUAUCAGUUGUCUGGGCCACUUCUUGCUGCCAUGGGGGCUGACACACCUUUGGCUUGAAGCAGGCUUCCACGUACCUGGUGGCUCUUGGGAGGAAGCGCUAGCCGGGUAGCUAAGCUUACCUUCUAUGUAGCUUUAUGACAACAAGAUACACUGCAACGGUAUGAUUUAUCCCCCGUAGCUUGUUGGCAUGGGGAACAUGCUGUCACGGCUUGUGGGGUCAGAGGAUUUCGGUGUAAGGUAAAAGCGACAAGGCCCCCGAUAUGACUAAGA